GUCUGCUAUAUAAUCCCUCCAUUUUGACGCAGUGGUUAUCAAACGGCCACGACGAAGAGGGAUCUGCUUGUGACUAGAAAAAGUAACACGAUUCCAAAAUGUCUGACGAAGGAAAGCUUUUUGUUGGUGGACUUAGCUUCGACACAAACGAGCAGUCCCUGGAAGACGUCUUCUCCAAAUAUGGUCAUGUCUCGGAGGUUGUGGUGAUCAAGGACAGAGAAACCGGUAGGUCUAGGGGGUUUGGUUUCGUCACGUAUGAAAACACAGAAGAUGCUAAGGAUGCUAUGAUGGCAAUGAAUGGAAAGUCUGUUGAUGGCCGACAGAUCCGGGUUGACCAGGCUGGCAAGUCUUCAGGAAACAGAGGUGGUGGAUACAGAGGUGGCUCCGGGGGUGGACGUGGUGGUGGAGGACAGUACUUCAGAGGGGGCAGAGGUGGGAGAGGUGGUGGAGACAGAAGCUAUGGUGGCGGUGGCGGCGGCCGUUUUGAUAGCCAGCGAAGUGGUGGAUAUUCUUCUGAUAGAAGUUAUUACAACAGGGGGCAGGGAAGCUAUGACAGAGGCAACAACUACAGAGAUGGCUAUGACAGCUAUGCUACACACGAAUAAAAAAUCCUUCCUGGUUCAAGAUCCUCUCUUCGGUGGCUGUGUUAUAUAAAGAUAUAAUCUUCGAAGAAUCUGUUUUUCUAGUGUCUUGUGUUUAAUAAUCUGUAGUUUCUGGUUGUGCUCUUGUCGCACACAGCCUGACCGCUUCUGAUAAUGAGAAACAAAAACCCAACUUUUACCUUAUUUUAGCUCAUGUGUUUAACAGCUUUAUUAGCAGUUUAAGUAUUUCUCAUUAAAAUUGAGUGUUGCAUCUUCCUUCAGAUGUAAUACAAGACUUUGUUUUAAGUGAAGGAAGAUUUUUACUUUUUUUUUUUUUUCUAGUUUAUUUUGUAUAAAACAUUUGAGCACAUUUCUCAGAAGCUUGACAAGCUGUGAAAUUUAUGUUUAAUAAAGUCUAUGCGCCUUCAGUUUCCUGUAAUGCAUUCCUUUAGUGUAGCAAGGUAGAAGUGCAACCUGGGUACAACCGAUUCUGGCAAACCACCUUGAUAUAGCUAAAGACGUUGUAUAUUUACAAUGUCAGUGAAUUACUUUUGGACAACUUUGUUGGGUAAUUAAUUGGCUGGCUACUUAAAAUUGCAGUGGCACAAAUUUCAGAGGCAGUCUGCUACAGGCAUUACAGAUAUUUCACUCUUUGCAACAUGUACGUUCUGAAUCCGAUCUCUGUAAUAAACUUAAAACAGAGUUCCUUAUCUUCAAUAUGUACCUACCAAACUGUCCCUUUUUUUCACUGGAAAACAAAAUUGUGCUUUUUGCGUUCUCUGUAUCAAACAUUGAAGAAACUUAUUUUGUAAUUUUUGGCUUCAUGAAGCCCAUUAAACAACUGGUUGAAUCUG